AUGGACCUCGCACCACUCUUGACGCGGGACGCGCCGCGCUGGCUGCAGCGUGCCAUGCUGCAGGUCGCGCACCGCAACUCGGAGCGGGUCUACGCGUCGGCCGCCAAUGCUCCGCCGUCGACGAGCGCGGCCAUGCCCUCGACGGUCGAUGCACCCGCGAUCGUCGCGCAGGCGUACCUCGAGGCGACGUUCGACGAAACCAUCAACCUGCUCGCGUAUGCCGAAGCCGCCGGUGGCUACAUGGCCUUUCCCGACUUUGUCGCGCUCUUGAGUCCGCUGCCGACGCGUCGCGCCGCGCAGAUUUGCCGGUGGAUCGCAUCCCCGUCGUCGUAUGUUGAUGUGGGUUACGUGGACGCCAAGCCAUCGCUGGGGCUACUGCCGCGCUUUCAACGAUUUACGUACCUCCAGCACACACGCAUCGAAGUGCCGCACGUGCGUACCUUUAGCAUUACGCUGGCGCGCGAUUUCAAGGUCGGCCAUACCUCUGUGACCGAGGUAGACGCCCCAGUGUACUUUGGUCUGGUGGUUUGCGCGAUCGAUGCGACAACGACCAAGGUCUCGGUCGCGGGCUGCGUCCCACCGGCGUACGGCCGAGCGUUUGAUGCAGCGGCGCUGGCCUUUCUCGCCAAGCUCCAACAGCGCGUCAACCAAAUGCGAUUUGAAGUCUUUGUGAGCCGCUUGCCGCCACAACGGGUGUCGCGGCCUCCUGGGUGCCUACGCCAGCUCUUUUGCCUCGCCUCGUGGCGGUCGAGUGCGGAAACCGACGUCACCAUGCUCGGCUGUCGCCGCUGCAGCAGCAGCCCUGCGAGUCGCUCGCGCAUUGCGACGUACGGCAAGGUCGCGUGCCCACCCUGCAUUCGCCUCGCACUUGCGCGGCCGUUUGUCGCUGCUCGCCCAAUGGCUUCGGUCGCGGCCAAGGCCGACGCGUCGGUCGAGGUCUAG